AACUUGCCGCCCACCUAACGUCAUCCAUCUCGACCCCACAUUGCUGAAUAGAUCGACAUGACCCUUCCACCACUAUUCUCACGACUCCGCACCAUUCAAUCUCAUCUCCGAACUACAAUCGUAACCACAACGACAAUUGCAAAGAUGGCGUACUCAACCAACACCUCGCGUUACAAGCUGAGCCACACGAUGCUGCGGGUGAAGGAUCCCAAAGUCAGCAUCAAGUUCUAUUCCGAGAACUUCGGUAUGAAAUUGAUCCACAAGCUCCACUUCGACGACGUCAAGUACUCGCUGUACUUCCUCGCCUUCGACAGCCCCAAGUCCGAGAGCGGCGGCAACCACUGGAACGACCGCGAGUCCGUGCUGGAGCUCACGCACAACCACGGCACGGAGGACGACCCGGACUUCAAAGUCGCCUCGGGCAACUCGGACCCGGGCCGGGGUUUCGGCCACAUCUGCUUCUCCGUCGACAACAUCCAGGCGGCGUGCUCCCACCUCGAAUCAAACUCCGUCCGCUUCCAGAAGAAGCUUUCCGACGGCAGGAUGAAGGAUAUCGCCUUCGCCCUGGAUCCGGACGGGUACUGGAUCGAGCUCAUUGGGCAGGCGGGCAGCGACCCUGAGGCUACCACCACGGAUCUCGAGACGUAUAGGUUCAACCACACUAUGAUCCGCGUGAAGGAUGUGGAUAAAUCUCUCAAUUUCUACAGGAGCGUCCUGGGAAUGAGUCUGCUGCGCACGAUGGAGAACCCAGACAGCAAGUUCAACCUGUACUUCCUCGGCUACCGUCGGCCAGGCGAGGAUGGAGAUUUAACGAGGGAGCAGCUGGCGGGGCGGGAGGGCCUGCUCGAACUGACUUGGAACUACGGCACGGAGAACGAUCCUAACUUUGCCUACCACAACGGCAACACUAAUCCGCAGGGCUUCGGCAAUGUGUGCAUCUCCGUCGACAACGUCCAAGACGCUUGCGCGCGAUUCGAGGAUCUUGGUGUCAGCUGGAGGAAGCGCCUCAAUGAGGGCCGCGUAAACACCGUGGCUUUCAUCCUGGAUCCAGAUAACUACUGGAUUGAGGUCAUGCAGAAUGGAGCGCUCAAGAAGAGUGAUGCCGCGCCGUAAAUGUUGGCUUGGUCCGUACUUGCACAAAGAGAUUCAUAUGUGUGAUGAUUCUGUAUUUCCUUUGGUGCAUAGCAGUAAAUAUCAUGUGCCACAAACCCAUAUGACCGGGACUUGUGGAAACUUUACUCGCGUGCGAAUGCUACGCUCUGGU